CGUCUCUGGACGAAAAGAAGAGGAAAAGGAGUGUUGAGACACGUGUAUCAAUUGACAGAAUACGUCCUCAACCACCACCUGAGAGAUCUGGAGCGAAGAAAAGUUAUGAGCUAAUGCAGGACGUGGAGGCGUUCGACAAUGGUGCCUGGUGCGCUGGAAAAGUUAAAGUCAUUUUGUUUGAUGGCUCGUGUUUUGUCUCUUUGAACAAUUCUAAAGAACAAAUUUACUUCCACCAUUCUGAGAUGCGAAAACCAAGAAAAUGGGUAGAUGGUGUUUGGGAGAUGACAAAAAAGAUGGAAGAAGAGCAGACGCAGAGUGUGAAUCCAAGUGAAGGAGAUGGUGAUAAAAAGGGGAAGGCGAAGGCUGUCGCUUGUAAGAAAAAUGAAGCAGCUGGUCCAUCAGAAGAUGGUGUUGGGAAAAUGGCAAAAGAGAUGGAAGUAAAGCAGGGUAAGAGUGUGAAACCAAGUCAAGACGAUCAUGCAAAAAAGGGGAAGCCACAUGUUGGUAAGAAGAAGAAAGCAAAUGCUCAGCCAGUAGAUUUGCUUCCUUUUCUACAGCGAGAAGAGAAGAGGCCAAUACGACCUAGAAACCCCUCCUAUACCUGUAACACCUGAGGUAAUCCUUCCAAUUGAUCCAUUUGUGACACCUGAAUUUCCUCGGUUUUCAAGGCUUGCACACUGGAUGGAUCUACGGGGCAUAUAUCGUGUGUAAGCAACUUUUUGUCCUCGCAUAAAUAUUCCUAAUUUAUUUUGUAAAAGUUUCGAUUGAUACUAGUUAAUUUUAUCAACUACAGACCGUUUUAUAUCAAUGGAAAAGAAAUUGAAAAAGAGUUCUUUCAAAAAAUGGACGAUGCAGAAAACAAUCUCAACAAAGAGGUAAUCAACACUCUGUUCUGUCUUCUAUUUGAUUGUGUCAUAUGUUUAGGAAGAGGUUGAGUUGAGCUAUGCUAGAUGUCCAUGUUAUAGCAGUUCUAUAUGAAGUUUCUAACUAUAUUGUUACAUUGGCAGCACAUAAAUGUUGCAUUUGAAAUGCUAAAUUGUAAGAGGGUUGAGCAAGGUGCUUGGUUCCGCAACAACAAUCUUCCAGCAGCAUGCUUUGUACCAGUCAAAUUCUUAGAAGUGGUUGGGUACGCUUAUGAAUCUGUCAGGAAGCCACAUAAGAAAAAAAAAACGUUAUUGGAGGGCUGUGUAGGCGAACUUGUGAAAGGUUUAAUACAUCCAAAGAAGGUAUGGCUGGAAGAUGUUGAUGUUAUAUAUGGUGUCAUUGAAGAUAAGUUGAGCUAUCACUAUAUUGGGGUGGAGAUACAAUUGAUGGACAACACAAUCACACUCUUCCAUUGUGGUCUUCCAAAAGCAAAUAUCAAACGUGCUCUUAAUCAAAUCCAAGAACUGGCAGGUAAAA